GCUGACGGAGUCGGAGACUGGAGAGUGAAGGAGGCCAGGGACCUGUCUAACCUGGUGCAGAACAGGAUCACCUACCUACAGGUACACACACACACACACACACACACACACACAAACACACACAAACACACAAAUGAUUGCAUGCAUGCAUACACUCUUAGAAAAAAAGGUGCUAUCUAGAACCUUAAAGGGUUCUUCGGCUGUCCCCAUAGGAUAACCCUUUGAAGAACCCUUUUUGGUUGCAGGUAGAACCCUUUUGGGUUCCAUGUAGAACCCUUUCUACAGAGGGUUCUACAUGAAACCCAAAAGGGUUCUUCCUGGAACACUGGCGUAGCGCAGUUUCUCUGGAUGCAGUUUGAAUGGAAUUGAUGAGAGAGAGAGGAUGACUGCUCGCGCAUGCUCUGAUUUAAAGCAACAAUAUUUUAAUGAUAGGCUGUUUCAAAACUCUGCAGCUGCAAUAAAUAAAUACAUCUUUACAAUAAAAAAUUAAGGUGAACCCCGAAAGCCAGAUGGAGAGGUGUAAAUUAGACACGCAUUCGGUGCUUCUAUUACUGUAGCAUAGGCUAUGCUGCAUCAAAUGUAGGCCUACCUGUCACAAGAAAACAAUGUACCAUGAAGAGAUGAUAGGUCUACAUGCAUUGUGAACUGCACUCCAUACUGAGAUGGGCUGUCUGUCCCUACCAUGAGCGUUGAUGAUUGAUCAUGCAGAUAGCAGAGAGAAGGCCGUAGAGAAGCCAGAUUUAGACAUCGCAUAUAAUUUAUCAGUUCCAUGUCACGUCAUGCUGUUGAUAUAAAUAAUUUAUUAUAAUUCACUGGUUUCUCGCAGUUAUUUAUCCUGUGAAAAGGGAGUGGUUUUGGGCGGUAAAUCUCGUUAACCAGGUUCCCGCCAUUCAACCCUAGCUGCUAGUGCUAGCUGCUGCAUAAGUAGGCCAACUAUCAUCCACAUGCGAUGGCGUUUCAUCAAUCUUCGGUAAUUUGUCACAAGCGUGAUCAGAUAAGUUUUAAUGUCACGUGCACAAGUACAGUGAAAUGCCUUUCUUGCAAGCUCUAAACCCAACAAUGCAGUUAUCAAUAUAAACCUAGUACUAAAUAUAACAUAUGGUAGAACAAAAACACACAAUAAAUAAAAAUAAGAAAUAAGAAGAACACGAGAAGUAAGUAAGCUAUAUACAGGGUCACAACCAUGACCAUAUUUACAAUGUGCAGGGAUACUACAGCGAUAGAGGUAGAUAUGUAUUGGGGUAAGGUCACUAGGCAUCAGGAUAUAUGAUAAACAGAGUAGCAGUAGCGUAUAUGAUGAUCGCAUGUUAGUGUGUGUGCGUGUGUGUAGAGUCAGUAUGAAUGUGUGUGCAUGUUAUGUGUGUGUGUGAGCAAAUGAAGUGUGUGUGUGUGUGUGUGUGUGUGUUGGAGUGUCAGUGUGUGUGAGUGUGUAGAGUCCUGUGAGUGUGCAUAGAGACAGUGCAAAAAUAUAAAUAAAAUCUAAGGGUAGAUAGUCUGUGUAGCCAUUUUGUUAGGUAUUUAGCAGUGUUAUGGCUUGGGGAUAGAAGCUGUUCAGGAGCCUGUUGGUGUCAGAUUUGAUUCACCUGUACCAGUUGCCGUGCGGAAGCAGAGAGAACAGCCUAUUGCUUGGAUGGCUGGAAUCUUUAAGGAUUAUCCGGGGCCUGGAUGGCUGGGAGCUCGGCCCCAGUGAUGAACUGGGCUGUCCGCACCACGCUCUGUAGCGCCAUGCAAUCGUGUUGCCAUACCAAGCAGUGAUGCAGCCAGUCAAGAUGCUCUGAAUGGUGCAGCUGUAUAACUUUUUGAGGAUCUGAGGGCCCCAUGCCAAACCUUGUUCAACCUCCUGAGGGGAAGAGGCACUGUCGCUCCUUCCUCACGACUGUGCGCAUGUGUGUGGACCAUUUUAAGUCCUUAGUGGUUUGGACACUGAGGAACUUGAAGCUCUUGACCCGCUCCAUUGCAUCCUUGUUCGAUGUGGAUGGGGGUGUGCUCACCCCCCUGUUUCCUGUAGUCUAUGUCAUAACGUGACUUACUUUAAUGUAUUGACUGUUAUUUAUCGAAUCAACUAACUAUGUUUAAUUGUUACUCCAUUAAAUAUAUCAUGUAACAAUUAACUCAUUAGGAAUUUGGGGCACCACAGAAUAAGUUGUUUAACGAGGUACCAUCUCCCAAAUUAAACUCUUAGAAGAUAUAUAUGUUAUAUGUCAAUAACAAUCACUUAUUAAAUAAUUACCUCUUAAAAGUCUCAUUCUGAACGUCGCAUAAUCCUUGAACCUGCAAGAACCCUAACCUUAUUGAUGAAUCAGCAAUACACAAAUUGGUUUAAUUAUUGUUUUACUAACUAACAAAAUAAUAACACAGAAUACAAACACACACGCACACAUAGGUUAUUGAUUACUAACGUAAUACAAUUGAGAACAGGUCCCUAGUGGACUGGACGAACAAUAGCAUGAAUGCUUGGGUAGAAGGUGGGUCAGAGUAGAAGGGAGAGACAGAGAUUCAA